ACUACCUGUUUCACGGCAACUUGUCCGACCACUGGAUCCAUUCGUGACUUGAAGUGUGUAUCGAUUCUUGGUACCAUGUUCCGAUCGCUGUUCGCCAUUCUCGCCCUCGUGGCGACAUGCUACUCUAUCUCCAUCGUCCGGAAGGAUGACAUAGCGAUGAGUGGAGGAAUCCCUCUCGCCAAGUCAAACAACAACUUCUUUGGCAUCGUGGAUCCAAUUUCCGAAUGUGAGGGAUCUUGUUCCCUUGAACCCGGAAAAGUUUACAAUUGCGAGAAUGAUUUUGUGGCAGGUUCUAAUUCCUCGUCGUUAUCAAUUUGGGUUGAGAUCUGUCGCCGGAACGACUGCUCCAUCAUCGUACAAACGGAACUCCCAAAUUCCUCCGUUCUGCCCGGACUUGUUUACACGGUCAAAUACGACAUUGUGGCAAAUGAUCUAUUUUCUGGACAAAUAAUUGAGUUCAGAACAUACAUCUAUCACACGGAGUCCAGACUGCUGGAAACCUGUGUGUCUGCAGACGUCAAUAUUCUUUAAACAAAAUUGAAGUUUAUUUGUUACGUAAGAAAAAGAUUAUUCGCAAGUAAUAAAAUGCAAGCUUUUCCGUAACUGCUAUAUUUAAAUCGAGACUUAUUUACAUGUUUCUCUAAGACUUUUAACCACAGGAAUUUUUAUGUAACUAUUUUGCAUAUCGAAUGCUCACACUUUGAAGUACGAGCACUCUGCCUCUGACACACUUAAGGUCUAGAAAAAGUGUAGCCUAAUUAACUUUAAUCCCACUUUAAGCCAUUAUCAUAUCAAGCCUCAUUAUCAUAAUCAUUCACAAUGCUUAUCUUGGACGCUGUUGUCACUCCAGCUCCCCACCUACUUACCUCACCAGCUUAUCCAUCACUUAAACCAUUCAUGAAUUGAAAUUCGUCUCGAUUCUCGGCACCAUGUUUCGAUCGCUUUUCGCUAUUUUUGCCCUCGUGGCGACAUGCUCCCCUCUUUCCAUCGUUCGAAAGGAUGUCGUAGCCAAGUCCAAUAACCCCUUCGGCACCGUAGAUCCGGUUACAAGCUGUGGAGGCAUCGGUAACCAAAUCGCCCUCAGAGUUUCCGAAUGUGAGGGAUCCUGCACCUUUGAACCUGGAAAGAUUUACAAUUGCGAGGCUGACUUUAUGCCGGGUUCUGGUUCCUCAUCGUUAUCACUUUGGGUUGAGAUUUGUCGUCGAAACGACUGUUCCAUCAUCGUACGAACGGAACUCCCAAAUUCCUCCGUUCUGCCCGGACUUGUUUACACGGUCAAAUACGAUAUCGUGCCAAAUGAUAUGUUUUCUGGAGAAAUAAUUGAGUUCAGGACAUAUAUUUAUCACACGGAGUCCUAUUUGAUGGAAACCUGUGUCUCUGCAGAUGUCAAUAUUCUUUAAACAAUUCAAAGUUCGUUUGUUACAUAAUGAAAGUUUAUCCCCAAAUAAUAAAAUGUGAGCAUUUCACGCACUGUUAUAUUUACAUUGA